ACUUGCUAGCAAGGUUUCUGGGAUGGACACAUAUAAGGCCUGUAUGGAAGAUCAUAUCGCUUGCUUUGAUAAGAAAUUUAUUACAGACCAUGGGGCUGAAAGGAGAAUCUAAGAUGAUUUUCAUGACCUCAAUUCGAACAAGAACAGAUGUUUCAUCUUGGGAUGGAACCCUUUCGGCCAGUGAAUUUUAUCUUGCUGCUUGUGCGUUUGCUGACAAAUGGAAGAUGUUCAACCCUGCUUAUCCUCAAUGGUCCUGGGUUUCUUGUCCAAAACAACCAUUUGUUGCUUCACACAACGCAGAUAAAUACCUCUCGCUAGAGAAGAUUUGCGUGCUUAGAUCAAGUAAGGAGGGUCAUGAUGAAGGAAGUCAUAUUGGGAAAGAAGGGACUGAGUGCUCUAAAGAUGAAGAACUUAUUGAUAAAGCUACAUUGAUACAAAGUGAUCAUCAUGAAGCGCAUUACUAUGAUUUUCAUAUUGUUUACAGUACUUCGUAUAGGGUUCCGGUGCUAUAUCUCCGAGCAUACUACAGUGAUGGACGAGCACUAUCUUUUGAUGAAAUUGAAAGAGAUCUUCCUGGCUGCUCUGCGGCAUUAUUGGAGUCUAAAUGGACAUUCUUAACUCAGGAGGAGCAUCCAUAUUUGCAACGGCCAUGGUGCAAACUACAUCCGUGUGGAACCAGUGAGUGGAUCAAACUUCUAUAUCUUGGCGAUGUGGAUUUGGCUAAACGUGGAGUGGCCAUUGACAUAUAUUUGCUCUCAUGGUUCUCAGUUGUUGGCCAGGUGGUUGGCCUUAGAGUCCCUUUUGAGAUGUUGAAUGAGCAUGGUUAUUGUAGUUGAUAGCUAUUCUGUGAGAAACAUAUGUGUAUGCUUGUGAACUUCAAAUAGGAGUUGAAACAGGAGAAUGUUAGAACUUACACCAUUAAUUGUGAACUUCAACCUUUUAGCUGUUAAA